AAAUUUGAUUCUCACAUAAGAAAACAGAGAGAGAGAGAGAGAGAGAGAGAGAGAGAGAGAGAAAAGAAAAGGUUGAAACUUUGACAAUCUGAGAUUGUAAUUGAGGCGGGACCAUUAUCGAACGAAAGCGAGAGAGAUUUGAUUCCUUCCCUUCCUUCCUCAUCUUCUUGUUCCCUUCAGGUUUUAAUCCUUUUGACCCCAUCUCUUAGGUUUUCGAAUUUGGGUUACCAAAAAGGUUUCACCUUUUCAAUUCUUUGUGACACAUAUUUAAGUUUUUGAUUCUGGGUUCUGUUCUUUGUAUCCUAUUAGCUCUGUUUGAGUCAUUGAUCCAAUCAAAAAGCUUGAAUCUUUAAAUGACGAACGAUUCCGAUGACGCCUUGGUCUCAUCAAGACAACUCCUUUUGCUUGCUUCGAUUUGUUCCGGUGCUCUCAUGUGCAAAAUCGUUUAUGACUUGACUCGUUUCAUAAGUCCAUUGCUCUUUGGUGGUGUUUAUGGAAAACUCGACAGCAAAGUUAGAAUGGAAUGGAACAAUAGGGGAUUCUCAACCUUUCAUGCUGUUUUGACUUCUGUGGCUUCAAUCUAUCUCUUGGUGAUAUCUGAUCAGUUUGAUGAGAAUGUUCAUGGUGAUGCAGUUAUCAAUAGUACAACGAAGUUAUCGGAAUCUGUAAUGGGGAUCUCCUUAGGCUAUUUUCUAUCAGACUUGGCAAUGAUCUUUUGGCAUUUCCCUGCUCUUGGUGGUAUUGAAUACGUGUUUCAUCACUUCUUGUCGAUGUUCGCAAUCAUUCUUUCUGUCACAAGUGGGCAAAGUCAGUUUUACAUCUUCAUAGUUCUCUUAUCAGAGGCCACAACUCCGUUUGUUAAUCUGCGGUGGUAUUUGGAUACUAGUGGUCAAAAAGGCUCCAAGGCUUACACUCUCAACGGGAUUGCGCUGUUCUUGGGUUGGCUGGUUGCGAGGAUCUUAUUGUUCAUCUACUUCUUUGUUCACAUGUACCUCCAUUUCCAUCAGGUGAAGCAAGUGUUUCCACUGGGAUUUUACAGCCUUCUUACGAUACCACCGGCUCUAGCAGUGAUGAACCUCAUUUGGUUCUGGAAAAUCACCAAAGGAAUGAUCAAAACACUCUCCAAGGCGAAAACAUCGGCAGUGAAGAAACAGUGAAUGACGGUUAGAAAGCUCUGCUUGACCUCGAAAAGAUUUUCGAUUGCAUUCACUUUGAUCUGUCCAUGAAAAGUUGAUUGAUAUUCAUGUUGUGAUUGUUCUUUGAUGCCUUUUGGGUUUAUGAACAAGAAUGUCCAAACAAGCUAUGGGGGAUUUGUAUAUUUUCAAACCUUUCAGCUGUUUCUUAGGUAUUCAACUUGUAAAGUUAGAAUCAGAAUCAGUGUUUCACGUCACUCAAUCUUCAAAGAUGCUACUGUUACCAAAUGGCAAGAUUCGGUUUGGUGUAGAACCGAAAUAGCUUACUACUUAA